ACCACGCACCGAGCGGCGGCGCAUGCGUCCUCUGAAAUUGGCUCCGCCCUGUCUCCCCUCUAGAGUUUUCAGUUCCGGCUUCCAAGGGGCAGGUAGAGGUAAGGGACAUGAGGGUUACUGUUGCCGCAGCCAUCUCCCAUGGCCGCGUAUUUCGCCGUCUGGGCCUUGGUCCCGAGUCCCGCAUCCACAUGUUGCGGAACUUGCUCACGGGACUGGUGCGGCACGAACGCAUCGAGGCGUCAUGGGCGCGCGUGGACGAGAUGAGGGGCUACGCCGAGAAGCUCAUCGACUAUGGGAAACUGGGAGACACCAAUGAACGAGCCAUGCGCAUGGCUGACUUCUGGCUCACGGAGAAGGACUUGAUCCCAAAGCUGUUUCAAGUACUGGCUCCUCGGUACCAAGGUCAAAAUGGGGGCUACACAAGAAUGCUGCAGAUCCCAAAUAGGAGCGAGCAGGAUCGAGCCAAGAUGGCAGUGAUUGAGUACAAAGGGAACUGCCUCCCACCCCUUCCUAUUCCUCGGAGAGACAGCAACCUUACACUCCUAAAUCAACUGCUGCAGGGACUGCGGCAGGACCUCAGCCAGAACCAGGAAGCAUGCAUCCACAGAUCCAACACAGCCGGAACACCAGAGAUUUAACUGGAUCUGAAGGCUCUGCAGCCGUUAUCAGUGCCCAAGAUCACAGACCUUUAGAGCUUUUUUAAUCUCUAAGAAGAACUGGAGCUAGAUUUGUAAAAUGGACACUCUUAAUAGGGCUGAGAACCUUCUGAAGAGCACGAUGGCCCUCUCUUUGCACAAUAGAGAAAAUCUCUUAUAUGAGUAAAUUAAAACCAAAAUUUACCAUA